UACAAUUGAUUUAUUUAUAUCUCAUUAGGGUUCAGCGCUUACUAUUCUGGGCAAUACUUGGCUACUAUCCUUGGAACAAAACCCUUUUUCUCACUACGGGCGUCUACUACCAGACAAGACGCCACCGCUCUCACUUGUGUCCCCUCAUUCUCUUUCUGCUUCUUCCAGCUUCACUCUGCUCCAGCUGCUUUCGUUAACCUGCUCAUUUUUUCACUCCAUAGUCACUUCCCCUGUUUUCAACCUCACAAGUCCUCUGUUGUCCUCCUGCAAUAUGGGAAACUGCUCCGCUUCCAAGCUCGGAGGCGGCAAGGAGGAGCCGGUUUCCCUUUGUCGCGAAAGGAAGCGCCUUCUCAAAGCUUCGGUGAAGCGGCGCCAAGUGCUUGCUGAGGCGCAUGAGCGGUAUAUUCACUCCAUCCACGCAGUUGCCGGCGCCUUAAACCUCUUCGUGGCCCGUCAUUCUUCCCCUUCCCCUGUGGUCGUCAGUAUCCCCUCUUCGUCCUCUCCGUCUUCCUCUUCUAAUCCUUCUUUCCUCCGGCAAACUCCCACGGAGCCCAAAACCGAAGCUUUAGCAUACCGCUUCUCUGUUUCUUCGUCGACUUCCUCGACGCCAUCUUCGAAUUUGAGGGAAGAGAGAGAGCGAGAGGAGUAUUUCUUUGCAGAGAUACCGGUGGCACCGCCGUCGGAGACGGAGGUGUAUGGGUGGGACUUCUUUAAUCCGUUCGAGGGGUUGACGGCGGCGGUCAUGACGGCAGGACUUGACCGGAGUUCGGAUGAGGAGUUGAGAGUGAUGAGGGAGCGAGAAGGGAUUCCUGAGCUGGAGGAGGAGGUGCAUGAAGCAAAUAGAGAGGUUAAGCCGAUGACAGUGGCAGUGGAAGUUAAGGAAAAAAGGGAGAAGGUAGCGAAGAUGGUGGAGAGUGAGGAAGGAGAUGUGGGAGAAAGGAAGGAGAAGGAAUUGACGGUCAUGGAGGUAACAGAGAGGAAAAUGGAACUACUCGAUGCGCUGAAAGAUGUGGAGGAAGAAUUCUUAAAAGCGUAUGAUUCUGGGAAGGAGUUAGCUAGAAUGCUGGGAGCCGAUAUAGUUGACACUAAUCCUGGAGAAGAUGAAAUCAAAGAUAAUUCAUCAAAAUUAAUCCAGGCUAUAAAAUGGCAUAGGUCAUCCUCUUCUUUGUCCUCAUCUUCCAGAAGAUAUUUGGUGUGCAAGCACUCUUCCCUGACUGAGAGCAGGAGUGUGAUUUUUGAAGAUUAUGGGGGAAUGGGUGCAGGAAGCCACUGGCUGACACUAGGAAGAUUGUAUGCUUGGGAGAAGAAGCUCUAUGAAGAAGUGAAGGCUGGAGAUCAGACAAGGCAGAUGUAUCAGAAGAAAUGCCUGCAGCUUAGAAACCUUGAUGCCAAGGGCUCUGGCACACAUACAUUAGAUAAAUCUCGGGCUGCUGUGAAAGACCUUUAUGCUAGAAUAUGGGUUUCCCUACGAACCAUAGAAACAAUAUCUAUCAGAAUCCACAAAGUUAUAGAUGAUGAGUUGCAUCCACAGCUGACUGAAUUACUGCAAGGAAUGAUGAGGACAUGGAGAUCAAUGCUUCAGUCACACGAGCGACAAAAACAGAUUAUGUCUGAGGUGAAAGCUUUUACAUGCCCAUCUUAUGGGAGAUAUUGCAGCGAUUCGCAGCAUCAGGUGACUAGGAAGCUGGAGGAGCAGCUUGAAAAUUGGCGAACUUGCUUCAAGAACUAUGUUUCAGCUCAGAGAUCGUAUGUUGAAGCUCUUGAGGGAUGGCAUUCUAAGUUUUGCCUCCCCGAGUAUCCCAAGACUAGAUACUUGGCGUCAUCCUAUAGAGAAGGAUCACCUCCUCUUCUCUCAAUCUUGCAGGAGUGGUUGCGUUCAUCUAUGAAGCUUCCUGAUAGACCUGUCAUACUCUCCAUGAAAGGCUUCAUCAAUAAUGUGAGGAUUCUAUUGGUAAAGCAGGGAGAGGAACAACAACAGAAAAGGAAAGUUGAUAGCCUGGCUAAAGAAUUCGAUCAAAGGAUCUCUGCAUUGCAGAAAACCGAGAACAGAAUUAUGGAGCUCAAACUAUUAGAUGUGAAGCCUGAACCAGAAGUUGGUGAUCGAGUUGAGUACUUGUCUGGGAGAAAGAAUUUGGUCGACAUGUUUCGGCAGAAACUCGAUUUGGAGAAGACGAAGCAUAGGAAAUGCAUGCAGGAGACAACAGAAGCAACCUUGAAUGGCUUCAAGAUUGGUUUAGGUCAUGUUUUUGAAUCUCUGACGGAUUUCUCUCAACAAUCUCUCAAAUUCUAUACUGAACUACUGGAACGAAAUGGAACUGUAAAAGAAAAGACAUCGGGCAUAGAAGAUUCAAAGGUUGGGGUGGAUAUAAGAUGAUAGUAUGGGUAAUGUUUGACUUGUAUAUUAAGUCUUAGCUGGCUUCCUAUAGUUUUCACUGUUAGAUUAUCUAUGGUUAAUUUCUACAACCCUCAAUUUUGUGAAUCCAGUUGAAGCUACUGUAACUUUCAGAGCCUUAUGUUUAUAGAGUGGUUGUAGUUAUUGAUCUUGCAGAGAGGGAGCGCGUGGUUAUUGUAAGUAUUGCUUUAAGUCAUUUUUCUUCUUAAGAGAGAAGAUGGCAUCAAAUAUGCCUGCUUCUAGUUGUGCUGGUUUUAAUAUUUAGACUUUUGUUUUGGAUACAUUGGAUACAUUUGA